AUGCUGACAGCGCUGAUGCUAAUUGUGAUGCAGCAGCUUAGCGUUGUCAGCCUGCAACAGGAAGCGCUGUUAGUGGCAGGAUCUCAGGGUGGCAACCCUAGCGGGAAGCAGCGUUUGAGGGUGCACAGCUCCUACGUCUCCGUAGAGUUACAUGAGCUGCCCACAUGUUUCUUCAUGCAGCUCCUGGCGCAGCAGAAACCGACCAUUCAGAGCAACGCACCCCUUGUGAAUGAGGCCUUAGCGCAAAGCUUGGUGGUCCUGGAUGAGAAACAGCAGCUGAAACAGCAAUAUGAUGAGCUGGAGCUGGAGUAUGAGACCGCCCGGCAGGAGCUGGAGCAGCUCAAGGAGGCAUUUGGACAAGUCCAUAGUAACCAUAAGAAGGUGGCAGCAGAUGGGGAGAGUCGAGAGGAAACGCUGAUACAGGAAUCCGCAACCAAGGAAGAAUAUUACAUGAAGAAGGUCCUUGAACUGCAGACGGAGCUGAAACAAUCCCGAAAUGUUGUUGCCAACGCGCUAUCUGAAAAUGAGCGCCUCAAUUCACUUGCUCAAGAGCAGAAGGAGCUGAAUCAGAAUGGGGAAGUGCAGCGGACUCGCCUUCGCGAUGACAUCAAGGAGUACAAGUUUCGUGAAGCACGGCUGCUCCAGGAUUACACCGAGCUGGAGGAGGAGAAUAUAUCCCUGCAGAAGCAAGUCUCUGUUCUCAAGCAAAACCAGGUGGAAUUUGAAGGUCUUAAACAUGAGAUCAAAAGGUUGGAGGAGGAGACGGAGUUCCUGAACAGCCAACUGGAAGAUGCCAUUCGGUUAAAAGAGAUAUCGGAGAGGCAGCUGGAGGAAGCUCUGGAGACUUUGAAGACAGAACGUGAGCAGAAGAACAACCUGCGUAAAGAGCUGUCCCAUUACAUGAACAUCAAUGACUCCAUGUACAGCAACCAUCUGAGCAUCUCCCUGGAUGGACUCAAGUUCAGCGAUGAGAUCACCGAGCCUAACAAUGAUGAUUCCAUGAAUGGUUUUGACCAUAAUGAGGUCAUCAAAAUGAAUGCUGACAACAAGAUGUCCACCCCCAAGAAGAACGACCCAGCUCCAAGUCUGGUUUCUGAUCUGCUAAGCGAGCUGAAUAUCUCAGAAAUACAGAAAUUAAAACAGCAGCUCAUGCAGGUGGAAAGAGAGAAGGUUGGUCUUUUGUCUACCCUUCAGGAGUCUCAGAAACAGUUGGAGAACACCAAAGGAGUUCUUUCUGAGCAGAAUGACAAAGUCAACAGGCUUACUGAGAACCUGAAUGCCAUGAAGAAACUCCAUGCCACCAAGGAGCGUCAGUCUGCCUUAGACAAUGAGAAAGAGAGGGACAGCCAUGAAGAUGGGGACUACUAUGAGGUUGACAUUAAUGGCCCUGAGAUUUUGGAAUGCAAAUACAAAAUUGCUGUGGCAGAAAUUCAUGACCUCAAAGAGGAACUGAAGACUGUAAAGUCCAAGUAUGAAGACUGUGAGCUUAAGUACGACGAGGAUAAGACCAGGUUCGAAAGCGAGACUCAAUCUAUGGCAGAAAAGAUCUCCCAGCUAGAAAAGACCACAUGGCAAGACAGAGACCAAGUUGUCAGGCUGGAGAAAGAACUGAAGAAAGUAAGUGACGUGGCAGGAGAAACACAAGGAAGUCUCACUGUGGCACAGGAUGAGCUUGUCACAUUUAGUGAAGAAUUGGCCAACUUGUACCACCAUGUCUGUAUGUGCAACAAUGUUACACCCAACAGGGUCAUGCUGGAUUACUACAAGGAGGGAAAAGGUGGCAGGAACAGUCCUGAGGGUAAAGGGCGCAGGUCACCAAUAUUGCUUUCCAAAGGUCUAUUGACCACAGAAAAUGGCCAAAGCGAGUCUGGAUCUCCAGUAUCUCCAAUUCCAUCACCUGUUUCUGACCACAGAAAGGAACCCAUGAACAUUUACAACCUCAUAGCCAUAAUCCGUGACCAGAUCAAACAUUUACAAGCUGCAGUGGACAGGAGCACAGAGCUGUCUCGGCAGCAGGUGGCCAGCCAGGAGCUUGGACCAGCGGUGGACAAAGACAAAGAAACUCUUAUGGAGGACAUCUUGAAGCUGAAGUCUUUGCUCAGCACAAAGAGGGAGCAAAUCGCUACCCUGCGCACCGUAUUGAAAGCCAACAAACAAACUGCAGAGGUUGCUCUUGCCAACCUGAAGAGCAAGUACGAGAAUGAAAAAGCCAGGGUGACCGAAACCAUGAUGAAACUCCGCAACGAGUUGAAGGCCCUCAAAGAGGACGCUGCUACAUUUUCCUCUCUCCGAGCCAUGUUUGCCACAAGAUGCGACGAGUACGUCACACAGCUUGAUGAAAUGCAGAGGCAGCUGGCAGCGGCAGAAGACGAGAAGAAGACUUUGAACUCACUGCUUCGUAUGGCCAUCCAGCAGAAGCUGGCACUGACGCAGCGCUUGGAGCACCUGGAGAUCGACCACGAGCAGGCCAAGCGCGUGCGCACUAAGUCCACGUCCAAAAACAAAACCAGUAGCCCCAGUGUAAGUCACGUCCGCUCUUGCGCGGACAAGUCUGAGGGGUCCGUCCUCAACAACCAGGUGUUUUGCAGUGAAAAGUAUAAGAUCGUUUGUGACUAGAAGGAGGCAUGACUUUUUUGUAUUUUCCCUUGCUUGGAUAGUCCGCAUGAAGUAGCUACAGUACUGCAGCCACUUAACUCGUGCUGGUUCGUUGUUGACCUGGGUAUGCAAAUGCCAUUAUUAAGCUGAGCUUGAUUAUAACUAACACUUGUAUGGGGCUCUUGCAGCAAGUUAACAUGGGAAGGAGUCAGAGCAGCACUUCCAAGGUUAACCUGUGAGGCAUGUAUUUGCUUUGUGGGAACAAAUACCAAACUGAAGCCAUAAUCGCUGCUGUAUCGGCCC